AUGGCUGGCGAGGAACUCGACGAUUUAGAUAUGGUCGAUAUCGCCCCCGAUAUCUUGAUCGCCAUAGCGCACCUCGCCACAGACGAAUUUGCAGGCCAGCACGGCCUCAUCGGAUUUGAGACGGAGGGCUCUGGUAUCUGUGACUUCUUUCCUACCCUUGUCAUCAAAGGCGUGUGCGACUAUGCCGACAGCCACAAAAACAAGACGUGGCAGACUUACGCCACAGCAACGGCGGCUGCGGCAACGAAAGCCUUCCUCAAGGAAUGGAGGCCCAAGGCUGAGUGA